UGCUCUCCGCCUCCCGUUCGGGUAGGCUCGCGAUGGCGAGCGGGAGGACUUGCUGAAGCGCGAGGCGAAGACGCUGGCAUGAACAGAAUUCGCAUCCACGUGUUGCCUUCAAGUCGGGGACGACUCACCCCUGUGCCAAGGCCCCAAGAGGCCUUGGCAUGUGCCUUUGCUCACCGGCCGUGCUCCCAGCCUCGUUUGGAAGGACACGAGUUCUGCAUAAAGCACAUUCUUGAAGACAGGAAUGCGCCUUUCAAGCAGUGCAGCUACAUUUCCACUAAGAAUGGGAAGAGAUGUCCAAGCGCAGCUCCCAAGCCUGAGAAAAAGGAUGGGGUAUCGUUUUGUGCUGAACAUGCUCGUAGAAAUGCCCUGGCACUGCAGGCUCAGAUGAAGAAGUCAAACCCUAGUCCUGUGCGGGAGUCCCUUCUCUGUCAGCUGAGCUCCUAUGCCAAGACAGAGCUGGGCUCCCAGACUUCAGAGAGUAGCCGCAGCGAGGCUAGCAGAAUACUGGACGAGGACAGCUGGAGUGAUGGAGAGCAGGAGCCGCUUACUGUAGAUCAGACAUGGAGAGGAGAUCCUGACAGUGAAGCAGAUAGCAUUGACAGUGACCAGGAGGACCCCCUUAAACAUGCUGGUGUGUACACCGCUGAGGAAGUGGCACUGAUCAUGCGAGAAAAACUCAUCCGGCUGCAGUCUCUAUAUAUUGAUCAGUUCAAACGACUUCAGCAUCUCCUGAAAGAAAAACGACGGUACUUACACAGCCGCAAGGUGGAACAUGAGGCCAUAGGUAGCAGCCUCCUGACAGGCCCAGAGGGACUUCUGGCUAAAGAACGUGAAAACCUGAAACGGCUGAAAUACUUGAGGCGAUACCGGCAGCGGUAUGGUGUGGAAGCUCUUCUACACCGGCAGUUGAAGGAACGCAGAAUGCUGGUCACUGAGGGUGCUGCCCAGCAGGCACACACCCGUUCUAGCCAGAGGUGUUUGGCCUUUGUGGAUGAUGUUCGAUGUUCCAACCAGUCUCUUCCAAUGACAAGACACUGCCUUACUCAUAUUUGCCAGGAUACCAAUCAGCUUCUAUUUAAGCUGUGCCAAGGGUCAGAAGAAGCACCCUGCAGCAAGCCAGUGCCUGUAAGCCUCUCUGAAGAUCCCUGCUGCCCACUCCAUCUCCAGCUACCACCUCAGAUGUAUGUUCCUGAACAGGUACUGUCUGUUCCUGAGGAGCUGGAAGCUGCUUCCAUGGAUCUGUACUUGAGCGCAGCUGAACUCCGGCCCACAGAGAGCUUGCCGCUGGAGUUCAGUGAUGACUUGGAUGUUGUUGGGGAUGGCAUGCAAUGCCCCCCUUCUCCUCUGCUCUCUGAUCCUUCUACUUCUCUUGAGAACCAGUUAAACAAAAGUGUUGCUGAAACCCCCACAAAUGUGCCACCGAGUGAAGAGUUUGCUCAUCAAGGACUUCUGAACCAGGCAGCACAGCCAGGCAGAGGGUUCUUCCCCAGACAAACUGCAUUUCCUGCUUCAGAGUUGCUACAAGAGCUACCCUCACAGAAUAUACAGCAUCUUGUGACAACUGGGCCAGGACUGGAGGAGGGUAAAAAGGAAGAACCUGCAACCAAUGGGAAUUCAGAACCAGCUUCCAUCAGCUGAUAAAACUCAAAACAGAUGGCAACCCCCCCCCCCCCACAA